AGCGCGGGGGGGGCGCGGCGGCCCCGCUCCUGUCCCGGUGCUCCUCUCUCGGUGCUCCCGUCCUCUCCCGGUGCUCCCGUCCUCUCCCGGUGUUCCUCUCCCGGUGUUCCUCUCCCGGUGCUCCUCUCCCGGCGCUCCCGGGCCCGGCCCGGCCCCAGCCCGGCACCGCCAUGCGCAAGUUCUUCCAGGAGAUCAAGGCCGACCUGAAGUUCAAGACGGCGGGGCCCGGGCAGAAGCUCUCGGAGCCGUCCCGGGCCCCCAAGGAGAAGCCGAAAGCCGAGGUGGCCCCGAAGCCCCGGCAGCCCCCGACGGAUGAGGCGCAGAGGGCGGCGGCGGCGGCGCUGGCCCGGCUGGAGCUGAAGCCCAAGGGAAAAGCCCCGUGCUCCUCGCAGGAAGCCAUCAAGAACCAGGUGAGGAAAGAGCUGAUGGCCGAGGCAGCUGCCAGCGAGAAGGAGCUCUCCAGGGAGGAAAAGGAGCAGGAGGAGGAAGGGGCAGCUGCUCCCUCUGUCUCGGGGGUUUAUUUCAUCUGCCCCUUGACCGGUGCCAUUGUGAGGAAAGAGCAGAAGGAGAAGCAGCUCCGAGAAGCCAUCCAGGCCUAUUUCUCUGUGGACCCAGUGGCCGCUUCCAUCAUGGAGAUCCAGACCUUGAACAAGGACCGGGAGAAGGUCCGGGCGUGCGUGGAGACCAUGGCCAAGUACCUGGAUAACAUCUACCUCCAUCCAGAGGAGGAGAAAUACCGGAAAAUCAAACUGCAGAACAAGGUGUUUCAGGAAAGGAUAAGCUGCUUGGAAGGGACGCACAAAUUUUUCCAGGCCGUCGGGUUUGAGACAAAAACGCUGCCUGUUCCAGGACAAGAGGGAGCCGAGGAGGAGUUCUACGUGCUGAAGGAGGAGAUGCUGAGCAGGCUGGAGGAGCUGAGGGAGCGCAAGGAGCAGCUGCUGAGCUCGGAGCCCCUGCGGGCGCAGCUGCACCGGCAGCUCGCCCUGUUCCGGCCGUCGCCCGCGGCCGCGCGCUUCGAGCUGCCCCACGACUUCUUCAACCUCACUGCGGAGGAGCUGCGGAGGGAGCAGCGGCUCCGGACAGAGGCGGUGGAGAAGGCGGCGAUGCUGAGGACCAGGGCCAUGCGCGAGAAGGAGGAGCAGAGGGAGAUGAGGAAGUACAACUACACCCUGCUCCGGGUGCGCUUUCCCGAUGGAUACAUCCUCCAAGGGACGUUUUAUGCCCGAGAAUCAGUAUCUGUGCUCUACAACUUUGUGAGAGAAGCACUCAGAGAUGACUGGCUGCCCUUUGAGCUCCUGGGCCCUGGAGGUCUCAAACUGACUGAUGAGAACUUGGCCUUCAAUGAAUGUGGGUUGGUGCCCUCGGCCCUGCUGAGCCUGGCCUGGGACGCCGCGGUGAUGGCCGACGUGGAGGCGGCGGCGGAGGAGCAGCGCAGCCCCCUCCGGCCCGAGCUGCUGGCCGGCGCCCAGACUCUCUCCUGAAAUAAAGGGCAGUGCCUGCAGCGCUGCUGGCUUUAGGCUGGUCCCUCCUUUCCCCCGAGGCCGGGGGAGCCCUGCGGAGGGGCUGGGCGCUGCUCCCAGCCCCGGGUGGCCUCUCCCCGUGGCACCGAGCUGCUCCCAGAGGCUCUCGACACCCAGCCGCAGCGGGACUGCCGGAGGUGUUCCCAAGGAGGUGGUGGAGCAGGGAUUAGGGGCUGUUAGGCUGGAUCACCUGAGCCUGGCUCUGGGGCUGGGUUUAGAACUCGGCUUCCCCUCUCGCUUCUGUGUGCACUGUAACUCCCGUUGGAGAGAAGCUAUUUUGGGUAAAGUUACACUCGGUCUGAUUAAAUGGAAUUAUUUAAAGACUCGGUUCUGAGCCCAGUUGUCUGAGUUGCGGUGUCGCUGUAGGUUUGAGACACAAACCAGUCUGGGCUGGGGCUGGCACUGGUGUCACUGGGGCAGCACCACCCCCAUGUCCCUUCACAGACCAGAGAGUGCCAGCAGGGAACAGGGGGAGAGAAUAAACCUCCAGCUGCAGACAAUCUUGUCAAGAACUGGUUCAUAACUCACCGGUCAUACACAGCUGAAAGCCCCGGCAGGUUCUGUCUAUCACCGAGUUUGAUGCCAGCUCAAAGUUUUCCUGUGGGACAGAGCCCAGCUCGGAUGUAGAUGAGACUGAGAAUCUAGCCCUGGCCUGCCCCAAAAGAAGAGAAACGAUGCGUUUUUCCCUUUUCCAAAGGUAAAACCCUGCUGCUGCUGUUCUCUGGAGCAAGUAAGACCACAAACAGGAUGGUACAAGAGCAUAAAUUCAUAUAUAAUUGUACAUCAUUUAUACCCAAGGCCACGCUGUACAACAUUAUGAACAGUCAUUCCCCAGUGGCAUCACAAUAAGCUUAUUCCAAAAUCCCUCAGCUACUUUCAGAGAUAACUUAGAUACCUUCCAUUACAAAGAAGUAUCAAAAUUUCAAUAAUGCUUUAUUAAGGACAGAUUAAUAUGCAGUAUUUAAAAAAAAAAAAAAAAAAAGCUAAAAAGCUAAAGCUAAAAAUUUAAGCUUCCAUCUGGUCUGAAGCAGAACAAAGUGCUGUCUUCUCUUUACAAGAAACGUGGAAUACUUUCAAGUAUCUUGGUCAAAGAUACACAAGGUUUCAAAUUCUCUAGCUCAUUCUACAUACAUACAGAGGAGUUAGUAGGCAUUUAAGUCUCAAAUGGUAUUAGAUGGGCUGACCGUGCUGCUGUCCUGGUGAGCAGCUCUUGUGCCACUGGAUUCUGAAGCUGUGGAACCUGCAAAGGAGAGAAUGUGUUUGGGUUUGUUCUGUUUGUAUAAAUAUUCUCGUUAAUCUGGUAGAAUUCGACUGCUUUAUGUUUUAUCUGUCUUAGCUUUCUGAAUGUUGUGAGUUUCCUUUUCGACACUACAUUAAAAACUGGUUUUAAUACUGGCUUCAUAUUUAAUAUCGCCAAUCCAGAAUUUUUUUAAAAAAAUAAAUAAAUAAAUCACUUCAACCAUAAAAA